AUUUGAUUAAUUGCUUAUUAUAAAAAUAAGUAUUUAUAUUUAGAAUGGAUGCAGGUGUGAUUAUCUUGAGUUAGCCGAACUCACAGUAAUGGUGCUAUCUGGAGAUGUGCAGUACAGACUCCGAAAACCUGGACCUGUAAGUCAUGCCCGGUUUUUGAUGAAAGGAAUAUACUUUAUGAAGAUGUUCUUUCUAUUGGAUAACAUUCCCAAUCUCAAGGCCCAUGAGAAAAAAGAAAUCAAAGAUAUGGCCUUCUUCACUGCAGUGUUUUACACUGAAUGGUUUCUCAGGGCGGAAAUUCCAACAGUUGCUCCCUCUCAGGAUAUGAAAGCUCUGUGGCAGAUGAUAAGGUACUCUGAUGUCAAACCUGAGCAGGCAAAAUCUGUUAUUGACUCACUGAAGAGACACACCUGGUACAUUGAUCCUACCGCUGUUGUAAUGGCUUUAGCUGAUGAGGAGGUCCAUGACCGUGGCAAGAUUGCUAAGAAGCUGUAUUCCAUGCCUGAGAAUUAUGUUGUACAAAGGCAGCAGGUGGAUUUUGAAUUGCUAAACAAUCUGGAUUUUUGUCAGGAUAAUCCUCCUAGCUUGGUUUCACUGAUAAAUGAACAGAGUUGGUUCAUAUUUCAUCUCUUGAACCAUGGGAAGGCAGAGUUACAGUGGUUAAAGACUCCUGUUGAGACAUGGAAACUGAAUGAUUAUUAUCUGGAGUUUGAACAUUUUGUCAAAAAUUUGGAAGUAGUUAAUGAUUGCAGUGAGAGAGCUGUGAAACUCGUUCAGGAGCUGAUCAACAAAUUCCACAAGGAGAAGAAGAGACAGAACACUUUCCUUGUAGCUAAUAAGUUUAAGAGUGGAAGAAAGAGGAAGAAGAAAACUGAUUUUGAAAAUGUUUCUCUCUAAAUAUUUGUGCUUUAUUUUUUAUGUUCUGGUACUUUAUUUUUUUAUGUUUUGGCAUUAUUGAAAGAUAACAAAUGCUAAACGUCAAAUAUUGAGAAACAAGUCCGACUGUAAACACUGAAGGCGCUGAAAAAGACCUUAUCAAAAAACAAAAAAAGGCAAAAAAUCAACAUUUUCAAAAAAUGUAGUUGUUUAAUUGACCCAUUAUUCAAACAAAUAAAGCUUAA